CACUGCCGCAGCCAGCAUCUCUUUCUCCUCUCGCCGAGCUGGACUUGUCGAGGCGGCCGGGAUUUGUCGAGGCGGCUGGAGCUUCUCGCCGAGCUUCUCCCCGCCAACCCAGCUUCUCUCCGCCGGCUGCUCCUCCUCCUCCCAGCCUCCUGCUCCUCCCAGCUUCUUCGAGGUGAACGACGGCCGAGGCGACGCGCCCCUGCGAGACCCAGCCGGCUGCUCCUCCCAGCCUCCUGCUUCUCUCCCCUACGGCCAGCAACUCCCCUCCAGCCACAACUCGACGAACCGACGAGUAAGUCCACUGUUCUUUUUUUUCUUCUUCUAUUUUUGCAAUUUAUUUUGUUAGCAGAUGGUUUUAUGUGGAUUAGUUGAAUUUAUUUGUUGUGUGUUGUUAAUUUGUUGUUUGGAAUUUCAUUUUAUUAUGGAGUAGGGAUAGUGAUUGUAGUUGUUUGUUGUGGUUAUCCUACGGUUCUCGCUUCCAUUCACUUCAGUUCUCCCCUGGCCCUGAGCCCUCCAUACCUCGCUUGCUCCCUUCUCCUCCGCGCAACCAUCAGCGGGUACUGCAAUUCAUCCCCUAUCUUCAAAGUUCGCCGCCGCAAGCUCGUAAGUUAUAAUCUCUCCAUCUCCAUCCCAGUGAUCCCACAUACUUCAGUAGGAAACUAUGGCGUCUGCUCUUGCAGUAAAGUAGGAAGCCUGUCAAGUUCAAUUCUCUAUCCUUUGUGUAAAAUUUUCCGCCGCCUUAAAUUGCAGAGAUUGAUUUUCCAAAUUUUGACGUUAAUCUUUUAUCUCUUCAAUGGCGGAGAGAUGCUUAAUCAAAGUGUAGGCCAUGGUUCUUUCACGCUUCCGGCCACCGCCUGAUGCCGACGAAAACCCUGUAACCAUUUAAAGUGAAAAGCACUUUUACAACCCAUCCAGAAGCUGCGUACUUCAUCAUUCUAAUCUCAUCGAGUUUGUAACGUCCCAACACAACGCAAUUCAUGCUUCUCUCUAAGUCUCACUAUUUUCAGCUCGCAAGUUUCAUCCAACACCAUUUCGCGUUUCUUCUAAUUGUUCUUUCUCAAUAACGCCUUCCAAUCUACUUCCUUGUUCCUCUACUUCUUUCUCCUCCCCCAACUCGGCAGUAGCUUGCCACAGAGACUCAGCUUCAGUCUCUGCUUUGUCAUCUUUCUCGUUAAGCGUACUCUAAAGUUGUUCAGCAAGAGCAAUUCUUUCAUUGGCUAUAAUCCAUGCUUCCUGCAGGUUGCACCUUUAAGUUUUGGGACCUUUUGUGCUUAAGAUUUGUUGCUAGUGAGUUCACGGAACAGCAAAAUCUCGCAAUGUUAUGCUCUUUGGAUAUGCUGGGUAGAAAAAUCUGGAUAAUUUAAUGGCAACUUCUCAUUAUGUUCAUCGGUGAUGGUGGUGCAUCUGCUUCAAACUGAAAAAUGUCGGGAAAAUGGGAAUUCACUUGGAAGUGUAUUAUAGAAAAAGUUCUUUGUUUGCAUUAUAUUUUUGUUUCUAAGUUCAGUUCAAUAAUCUUCUGGCUUGUGGUGAAGUGUAUUCCACCUAGAAGUUUGGCGUUGCUUACAUGUUUUACUCAUCCAGGAAGAUGAUGGAUGGUGACAUGAGUGAUGAUGGAGAGAUCUACAUCCACGAUGCUGACACAAUCCAUGAGAUUACCCUUGAUGAUGAAGAUCUUCCUGAUGUCAAUGAUGAAGACGAUGAACAGGCUGAUUUCGACGAGGAUCUGGAUGAUUCUAUGCACACGUUCACAGGCCACACGUCUGAACUUUAUGCAGUUGCCUGCAGCCCAACAGAUCCUUUGCUGGUAGCAACUGGGGGUGGUGAUGAUAGAGGAUUUCUUUGGAAGAUAGGACAAGGAGAUUGGGCUGCUGAAAUGGGAGGUCAUAAGGAUACCGUUACUAGCUUGGCAUUUAGUAGCGAUGGACAGUUUCUUGCAUCCGGGGGCCUUGAUUCUGUAGUUAAUGUCUGGGAUACAUCUGGAAAUCGUAAAUGUACGCUUGAAGGGCCUGCUGUGAGUGAGCAAACGGAGGAACAUGCAGACGGGUUUGAGUGGGUCAGGUGGCAUCCUAGAGGUCAUCUAGUCUUGGCGGGCUCAAAUGAUGGCACUGCUUGGAUGUGGAACGCGGAUAGAGGUGCUGUCCUCCAAGUAUUUCUUGGCCACAGUAAACCAGUUACCUGUGGAGAUUUCACACCUGAUGGCAAAACCAUCUGCACUGGUUCGGAUGAUAUGAGUUUGCGAAUAUGGAAUCCAAGAACAGGGGAGAGUGUAUAUGUCAUAAAAGGCCAUCCAUAUCAUACUGCAAGAUUAAAUUGCUUGGCUAUUAGCUCUGAUUCCACUCUUGUUCUUACUGGCUCUGAGGAUGGUUCUGUGAAAAUUGUGAACAUAGUGACUGGGAAGGUGGUCAGUACUUUGUCUAGACACACAGAUUCAGUUUCAUGCAUUGCUCUGUCACGUUCAUCAAGUUUCCCUUGGGCGGCAACUGGAGGCAGAGAUCAGCAACUUGUUAUCUGGGAUUUGGAACGUUCAGAUGCUCGUAACAUAUGCAAUCAUGAGAGUGAAGUGACCUGCUUAACAUGGAUAGGCAUGUCGAGGUACGUGGCUGCAGGAUGUGGAGAUGGGGAUGUAGUUAUAUGGGACGGCCGAUCUGGAGACAAGGUGAAAACAUUCAAGGGGCAUAGUAGCUGCGUACAGUCCUUGGCAGUGAGCUCUAACCAUGAUUUUCUGGUUACUGCCUCAGACGAUGGUACUGCCAGGAUCUUUGAGAUUGGAGAGUUCAAAUAAAACCAAGUAACUUCCUUUACGUGGUGGAAACACCCAUCUUUCAAGUGUGAACUCUCUUACGUCGUAUUGUUGGCGGAGAAAACGUACUGAUUGCACAAUUGUCAAUUUUCUCCGUAGGUCUUUUUCGCAUCAUGGUAUAUCUUGUCUGGUAUAUUAUUUGCUUAUAUGAGCUGAGUGCUAGGCAGAUAUGUUAACCGUCUUUUUUAGCUUGGAUUUGAAAAUAAGGGUUUUAAGUUUCGAAUAUAUGAUGUAUUUAAAAGCUGUUGUACCAUGGUGCAAGAAAUAAAGGGGUUUGGGGCAAUUCAGAAAGGAGAUUAGGGAUUUAGAUUGGUGGACCAAUCAGUGUUUGGCCUACCUCGGAAGAGUUGGGAAGAUAGGAGAAAUAUUCAGCAGUGAGAGGGAGGGAAAGGGUUGGACGGCAGAGAGAGCAGGAGAUUUGGGUAUUAGGAAGGAGCCCUUUGGGUAUUAGGAAGGAGCCCUUCUAGUGUACUCUAUAGCACCCAUGCUAUAAAAAACAAAAAAAAAGGUGACAUGUUGAGGAGGUAAACCCACUAAAUGACUGGUCCCACAUCAUUAAUGGCAAUCUUGUAAAUAAUGAAUCAAUGUAUACAAGUGUAGGUACAAAUUAGAGUUGUACCAUAUAGUAUAGGUACAAGUUUCAGUUGUACCAUUGAAGAAUUUGUUUCACAAAGUGUAGGUACAACUUAAAGUUGUACCAUUAGUAUAGGUAUAAUUUUUAGUUGUAUCAUAAAGGGAUGUGUUAGAAAGUGUAGGUACAACCUAAAGUUGUACCAUGGUAUAGGUACAAGUUCGGGUUGUACCAUAAAAGAAUUUUGAGAAAGUGUAGGUACAACUUAAGGUUGUACCAUUAGUAUAGGUACAAUUUUUAGUUGUACCAUAAGGGAUUUGUUAGAAAGUGUAGGUACAACUUAAAGUUGUACCAUGGUAUAGGUACAAGUUUAGGUUGUACCAUAGAAGGAUUUGGAGAAAGUGUAGGUACAACUAAAAGUUGUAGCAUUAGUAUAGGUACAAGUUUGGGUUGUACCAUAGAAGGAUUUUUAGGAAGUGUAGGUACAACUUAAAGUUGUACCAUGGUAUAGGUACAAGUUUAGGUUGUACCAUAGAAAGAUUUUGAGAAAGUGUAGGUACAACUUAAGGUUGUACCAUUAGUAUAGGUACAAUUUUGAGUUGUACCAUAAAGAGAUUUAUUAGAAAGUGUAGGUACAAUUUAAAGUUGUACCAUAAGGAUAGGUACAAUUUUGAGUUGUACCAUAAAAGGAUUUGUUAGAAAGUGUAGGUACAACUUAAAGUUGUACCAUUGUAUAGGUACAAGUUUGGGUUGUACCAUUAGUAUAGGUACAAUUUUUAGUUGUACCAUAAAGGGAUUUGUUAGAAAGUGUAGGUACAACUUAAAGUUGUACCAUGGUAUAGAUACAAGUUUGGGUUGUACCAUAGAAAGAUUUGGAGAAAGUGUAGGUACAACUAAAAGUUGUACCAUUAGUAUAGGUACAAUUUUGGGUUGUACCAUAAAGGGAUUUAUUAGAAAGUGUAGGUACAAAUUAAAGUUGUACCAUUAGUAUAGGUACAAUUUUUAGUUAUACCACAAAGAGAUUUGUUAGAAAGUGUAGGUACAACUUAAAGUUGUACCAUGGUAUAGGUACAAGUUCGGGUUGUACCAUAAAAGAAUUUUGAGAAAAUGUAGGUACAACUUAAGGUUGUACCAUUAGUAUAGGUACAAUUUUUAGUUGUACCACAAGGGAUUUGUUAGAAAGUGUAGGUACAACUUAAAGUUGUACCAUGGUAUAGGUACAAGUUUGGGUUGUACCAUAGAAGGAUUUUUAGGAAGUGUAGGUACAACUUAAAGUUAUACCAUGGUAUAGGUACAAGUUUAGGUUGUACCAUAGAAGGAUUUUGAGAAAGUGUAGGUACAACUUAAGGUUGUACCAUUAGUAUAGGUACAAUUUUGAGUUGUACCAUAAAGAGAUUUAUUAGAA